UUAGGCGUUUCAUAGGCAGCGACAUGUCAGUUUAGAACAAUUUACAUUCUAAAAUGACUUAGAAUCAACCAGUAGUUUUCCAACAAAUGCAUCGAAUGUUCUGGAGUGGUCAUGUGACGCCCAUAGACUAGUUGUACUUUGGGAAAAUACUCUGACGUAUGUUCCAGCUUUCUCGAGCAUUUUCGUCGUGCAACUGAAAAAUAAUCAAUUUUAGAUUAGGCGAAGGCUUUGGUGGUUUGUGCAAGGUCGAUCGUGAACAUUGUGAAUCGUUUAAACGGAGUUGUUUGUGUUUUUAUUCGUCGUCUUGGAAAAUGAAGAACCCAGUAGCACGUGAAGCGUUUUGACCAAUUGGGGCUCGAGUUCCAAACAGAAGGGUAUAAAUACCAGGCGGUUGGUCAAAGAGACGUCCGCCAUUGAAGACUGCCUUGCUGCGAAAUUUGUGUUAAAUUAAGACUGAAAUUGGUUAUUUUCCCAGUUAAUUGUUUCAAAUAUAAUAUUAAGUUGGGCAGUUGUUUAAACGCGAGUAACGGCAAGAUAUCCAGCUCGUCUCAACUUUCCAGCAGAACAUCUCGGCUCAGAACGUCUGUCUCAGUUCGGCAGUAAAAACAAUCUUGUUGUGCCAGAGACGGAAAGUGGCACGGGCAGAAGAUGCAGUGCAGUCCCCACUGAGCCGCAGCUCCCCUCAGCAACCAAAUUAGACACACAGACCUUCCUCCUCCUCCGCUCCGAGGCCCCCACCCUACACCCCCCCCCCUCCUGGAGCCAUGGCUCACGUGACCCAACCCCCCAUCGCCAGGAUGGCCGGCAACCCCCCGCCCCCCGACUACAAGAACCCCAAGAAGCCGGGCCGCCUCACCAACCAGCUGCAGUAUCUGGAGAGGGUGGUGCGCUCGCUCUGGAAGCACCAGUUCUCCUGGCCCUUCAGAUACCCCGUGGACGCUGUGCAGCUCAAGCUACCCGACUACUACACAAUCAUUAAGAAGCCCAUGGAUCUGAACACAAUCAAAAAGCGACUGGACAAUAACUACUACUGGAAAGCUAUGGAGUGUUUGGAGGACUUCAACACCAUGUUCACCAACUGCUACCUGUACAACAGGCCUGGAGACGACAUAGUCCACAUGGCCCAGUCCCUGGAAAAGUUCUUCCUGGACAAGGUGAAGGAUAUGCCCCAGGAAGAGACGGAGGUGAUCGCCAUGACGACCAAGGCUCCGGGGAAGGGUAGGAAGACGUCAGCAGGUCUGGUAAAGCAGAGGCCCCACUCCCCGGUGUCAGAGGUGGUGUUCCAGCAGACAGUGACGGUCAUCCCUCCUGAGGCCCUCCACACUAUGCCCAGCACCCCCCUCUCUGCUCAGAUCACUGCAAAAAUCAAGAAAGGUGUGAAGCGAAAAGCAGACACCACCACCCCGGGCGGGCCCCCCCUGCUGCCCCCCUCCAGUGAGUCGCCUGCGGCCCCGGCCCCAAUGUUGGCCCCGGCUCUGGUCCCGGAGCCAACGGUGGGAGUGGCCACCGGCCCGGCGGGGGCCAAGGCCCUGAAGCUGUGCUCGCGGCGGGGCAGCGGCCGGCCCAUCAAGCCGCCGUGCAAGGACCUGCCCGACUCGCCCCAGCAGCACCACGGGCCCAAGAGGCCCAAGCUGCCCGAGCGCCUCAAGCACUGCUGCGCCAUCCUCAAGGAGCUGUUCGCCAAGAAACACUACGCCUACGCCUGGCCCUUCUACAAGCCCGUCGACGUGGCGGCCCUCGGCCUGCACGACUACUACGACAUCGUGCAGCAGCCCAUGGACAUGGGAACCAUACGGAAAAAAAUGGACAACCGUGAGUACACGGAUGCCUUGCAGUUUGCGGCUGACAUCCGGCUGAUGUUCUCCAACUGCUACAAGUACAACCCCCCGACGCACGAGGUGGUGGCCAUGGCUCAGAGGCUCCAGGAGGUGUUUGAGUCGCGCUUCGCCAAGAUUCCCCCGGAGCCGGUGAAGAGCGAGUUCGGGGGUCGGCCGGCGGGCCCGCGGGAGAAGAGGAUCCUGGGAAGCCCCUCCAGCUCGGAGAGCAGCGGCAGCUCCUCAGAGUCCGACAGCUCAUCAGAGUCAGAGGAGGAGGACGAGGAGACGCGAGCCAAACACCUGGCCAACCUCACACAGCAGCUAAAGGCCAUGCACCAACAGUUGCAGCUGCUGUCCCAGGUGCCCGUGCUCAAGCCAAAGAAGAAGGAGAAGGAGAAGUCCAAGGAGAAGAAGCGGAGGAAGGACAAGGAGAGGGAGAAGGAGAAGGAGCUCUCCUCCAAACGCAAAUGGGACGACUCCAGCAAGGCCCACAAGACCAAGAGCAAGGGCCUGAAGAAGGGAAGCAAGGCCGGCCCCCAUAAGGACUUCUUGGCGAUGUCUGACGACGAGGUCCCGGUGCUGCCCAUGACGUACGAGGAGAAGCGGCGCCUCAGCUUGGACAUCAACAAGCUGCCGGGCGACAAGCUGGGCAAGGUGGUGGCCAUCAUCAAGGCCCGCGAGCCCGCGCUCCGCGACACCAACCCAGAGGAGAUCGAGAUCGACUUCGAGAUGCUCAAGCUGUCCACGCUGCGCACGCUCCAGGCCUUCGUGCAAACAUGCCUCCGCAAGCGACGCAAGAACCCUGACCCAGAGAAAAAGGCCCAGAAGUCCAAAGGAGAGAAGUCCGGCUCCAAGAAAGAAGCUGACAAACAGAACGGAGGAGAAGAGGCCCCGAAGAGAACGAAAGCCAAGAAUGAGCCCUCUGCAGUAGUGGGUGAUGUGGGCCCGCCCUCUCGGCUGAGUGACAGCAGUUCUUCCUCCAGCUCUGGCAGCAGUAGUAGUGAUUCUAGCUGCUCUGAUAGCAGUGACUCUGAAUCAGAGAAGAAAGCAAAGAAGAAACACCACAAAACCACCGGCCACAAAAGCAAAGUAAAAACAAAGGAGUUGAAGCGGGCAGCCCUUGCGAAGGAGGGCCUGGUAAGAGAGGACCCCGGCGCGUUGUCUGUUCCACCUGCUGCCCUGGAGGCUGCUGCCUCCUCCUCCACCACCACCACAGUGUCUAAAAGCCUGGCUGUGCACCAUGGCCUUCUGCCGCCAGCGCACAGCAUGCGAUCACCUCCAGCCUUACACAGCUGCCUGCCCCCCCAGCCGGCACCCCCCAGCACCAAAGCAGCCGCUCUACCUCGUAAACCGCGGCCCGGCCUCCCUGCCCAGCCCCCCCAGGAGCAGGAGCUCCCCACGCCUGACCCCCCCUUGACCUCCUCGACCACCACCCCCUCCACCCCUCCCUUACCGCCGCCCUUAGCCCCCAGCCCCACGCCUUUAGACCGCGCCACCUCGGCCACACACACUCCCGCCCACACCCCUCCCUUCACUCUAGUCAGCACCAGUGCCCCUAGCUCUCCUCCUCCUCCUUCUCCUCCUUGCCUUGUUCUCCCACCACCGCUGGCGAGCCUCGACGCCCCCCUCCCUCAGCCGCAGCCCCCCCUCCCGCAGGACUCCGGAGAGGAGCUUGGCUCCCCAAGCGUCUUGGCCAACCCGCCGCGGCCCAGUAGCGCUACCCAGCCUGAGGAAGUGCCGCCCCUCUUAUCGCCUCUUACCUCGCCGCCUGGUCUCCCCUCAUCCUGUCCAGAGCUCAACACGGCUGCUCGACAACGGGACGAAUCGGGAGGAGAUCGCUCACCGCACUCCAAACUGCAGGGUGCUAGACAUCCUGAUGGGGAGGAUCCACUGAGGCCCAAUGCAGACCUGGCCAAAACUGGUCAGCCCAAAAAGGGCAUCGUGGUGAAGAACGUGGACUCGUGGGCCAGCCUGGCCAAGAUCUCGUCACUGCCCUCCUCCACCCUCAAGGCGUCCAAGGAGGCCUUCCAGCAGUUCCGCAGGGUUGCCAUGGAGAAGGAGGAGAGGGAGCGGGCCGUCAGGAGGCAGCAGCUGGACCCGGCCGCACGCGACCGCAAACUACCGGACAAGAGCGGCCCUCCGCAGCCUGCCGUGCCUGCUGCGAGGUCUGAGCCGGAGCCCCUGGCGCGUCAGGACUCUCUGGAGUCGGGGGAGCUGGCCAUCAUGGCGGAGAUCCUGGACCAGCCCAAAGCAGCCGAGACGCAGCCGGCCGAACCUGAGGCCCCCACGCCAGCCGCCGCCCCCAGCAGUGCCGCGAGCAACGCGGAGAUGGCCCGUCAGAGGGAGAUGCUCCGCAAGAGGGAGCAGGAGCGCAGGCGCAGAGAGGCCAUGGCUGUGAUUGACAUCUCCAUGCAGAGUGACAUCAUGGCCACGUUUGAGAAGAACCUGGACUGAGCUGAGCUGAGCUGAGCUGAGUUGACUUGAACUGGUCUGCAGCAAGUGUAGUCAGUCUGGACUGAGCUAAUCUGAGCUGCGGCUGGUUAAAUCUCAUCAUCCACCCCAGAUCAUCCAGAUCGCCGCCCUCCCCAGCUCGCUCCACCACCACCAAGGCCAAGCAUGGAGCCCUGCGGCUACUGAAGACACAUCACGACUGCACCCCACCCCCACCUCCAUCUCACCUUCCUAUACCGCAUCGCAUCGCUCACCGCAGAGCAGACCGCCACUGCGCUGGAUGCCUGAACUAUCAAACUUUAAAAACACUCUAGACGACAGAAAUGGGUCAUUGCGUUAAAAAAUAGUUGGUCGAGUCUGGAACCACAAGAAGAAAAAAAGAACAGAGUUCGGGGCAUUUCUGAUCUAAGAGAUUGUGACGAAACAUGCAUCCUGUAUAUAGUGUACAGUGUUAAAUAUAUAAAUAUAUAUAUAUAGAAAUAUACACGUUGGUAUAUGGCUUAAUGAGGACCAGAUUCUUGCCUUUUUUCUCAAAAUAAUCGUUCCUGGCGUCUACAGGAACCUGCUGCACUGAGUGGCUGUUCAGUCUUUGACAGCAAACCUUUAAAAAAAAUAAAAAAAUAAAAAAUGAAGAAGACAAAAAUAAAGACACAAAUUUGGGAAGGGGAACGAAAAAAGAAUGUACAGAGUAGAGUGUUGAAGACGUGUAGACUGACCUCCGUCUGUCUUCCUUAGCGCCUGAAGUAUCUCUCUCUCUCUCUCUCUCUCUCUCUCUCUCUCUCUCUCUCUCUCUCUCUCUCUCUCUCUCUCUCUCUCUCUCUCUCUCUCUCUCCCUCUCUCUCUCAUCUUCCUGUCAUUACAUAGAGCGUUAAUGAAGAGGUCUAUCAUCUGAAAAAGUAUCAAGUUGACAAAAAAAAGAAGAAAAAAAACAAAUCCAUACAUUCCAGCGGUUCCAGCUUGAGUGUGGUAUCCCAUUCACUUCACUUCACGGCUCAAGUGUUUCGAGGCAGUCUGGAGACUGUACUGUACUGUAAUAAUGAACAGGGUGGUUUGUGAUCAUCGCCCUGAUUUACAACCUCAUGCUAUUUCAUUUGCUCCUCUCUCUCUCAGUGAUGCAACACUCCAGUAUGUUAUAAGUGUUAUAUUUGUCAUUAUUUAAAAACGGAGGGAAAAAAAACAAAUACUUUUCACUUUUCUAUUUACCCAUUUCUUUUGUCGGAUAACACGAUAGGCUUAUAAAGGCAUAUGAAAGUGUUCGGUAAUCUGUAAUAAAGAGUUUACAUAUUUUGUUACUGUAUAAGUACUGGUUAAAUGCUCCUUUUGUAUGAUUAUUUUGGCUUUAAUAUUAUUAUUAUUAUUUAGUUGUAGCCUGUUGUAUUGCCAAAUAUCAGUUUCCAGUGCAUGGGAUUGCUGAGGGCCUUGAUCUGAUGGAAGAUUCUGUCAAUUGAUGAUAAAAAUGUGGCAUUUUUUUGUAUUUCUCACCCCUCUCUUCAUUUAUAUCAUUCAAAGCUAAUGUGUUUAAGCUAAGGUUCAACACGUCAUCUAGUGCACACUUAGUUUAAGAAGGAAAAAAAAAAGAAUAGUUUGAUCGAAUUUGCCUCUCUCUCCAAGUCUGCUGUUUGACUUUGACUAGCACGGCCACUUUAUGCGCCCUGGUGCCCUUAGGCUCCUGUGCAAAUGAAAACAAGAAAACGGUGCCAUGGCAUCAAGUGUGGCCCUUGUUUAUCAGCUGUGCUGUGUGCCCACCAUGUCUUAAUCACAGAAUGUUCAAAAGUGUUGUGGCAACUGAGAACCUUUUCUGACCUGCAGAGGUUAUGUUUUUUGAUAUUUUACUCUUUUUGUUUUUGUCCAAACGUACGGUUAUGGCCUAUUUGUCUAUUUCCUUCAACAUGCCCAAUAGCACUUUAUUCUGUAUCUCACGGUAUGAGAGCAUGUUAUGCUAUUAAAAAAAAUAAUAAUAUAUAAUUUGCAGAAGACUCGUACUGUAGAAGUUGAAGCAUUAAACAGAACAGUAUUUUCCGUAUGAA